AUACAAAAAUGUUUACGAAUACGUGAGAUCCACUUCUCGACGUGAAGUGAAUAUUUCUCGUCAAAUUUCCCUUUAAUAUUAAUUAGUGACUUAAUAAGGUGGAUAAUGUUUUAUAAUUGAAUUUCUUACAUUUGGAGGAAGCAGGUACCCCAAAAUGGCGUCCCCUUCAAAAAACCGUUUCAAAAGGCAAGCAUGGUGCCGGCGGCUGCUGAGCAAAAGACUGCCCAUAGUAACAUGGCUUCCAGAGUACAACUCAGAGAAGGCGGUGGCCGAUCUUAUCGCAGGGAUAACAGUUGGGCUCACGGUCAUACCGCAGGCACUGGCUUAUGCUACGCUCGCCGGCUUAGAGCCCCAGGACGGCCUGUACUCCUCAUUCAUGGGCUGCUUCGUGUACGUCAUCUUCGGCUCCUGUAAGGACAUCACGCUGGGCCCCACCGCGCUCCUGGCGUUGAUGACGCACGCCCAGAUACAGGGCACGCCGCCGCGGCCUGAAUACGCCGUCCUGCUGUGUUUUCUGACCGGCGUUGUGCAGCUCGUCAUGGGGACGCUACAUUUAGGGGUCCUGAUAGACUUCAUAUCGGUGCCGGUGACUGUUGGCUUCACGUCGGCCACGUCAGUCAUCAUCGCCGUGUCUCAGCUGAAAGGUCUGCUCGGACUUAGCUUCAAGUCGGGAGGUUUCCUCACAACCGUCAAAAUGGUUGCAGAAAAUUUACCAAAUGCAAGACUGUCAGACAGCGCGUUAGGAGUUACCUGUAUAAUUGUUUUACUACUUAUGCGUAAACUGAAAGAUAUAAAAUUAUCUAGAAGCAAAAAGGGUCUAAAGAAGACACUCUGGCUGCUAUCCACAUCCAGGAACGCGAUCGUCGUCAUAGUGUGUUCAUUGAUAUCGUUCGGAUUCGAGUCUCACGGAUCUCAACCUUUCCGGAUAACGGGGCGGGUAAAAGAAGGUCUGCCAUCUUGGAACCUCCCCCCCUUCAGUACGUACGCUAACGGAGAAUACGUGUCGUUCAUUGACAUGUGUUCAGAGUUGGGCUCCUCUAUCAUUCUAGUUCCCAUCAUCGGCGUGCUGGGCAACGUGGCUAUUGCUAAAGCUUUCGCAAGCGGAGAAUCAGUAGACGCGACGCAAGAACUGUUAACGCUGUCCCUCUCCAACAUAUUGGGCUCUUUCGUAGGUGCCUUCCCAAUCACUGGUUCAUUUUCGCGCAGCGCCGUCAACCACGCCAGCGGUGUGGCCACGCAGGCCGGCAGCCUCUAUACAGGUACCCUGGUGUUGUUGGCGUUGAGCCUCCUCACGCCGUACUUCUACUACAUCCCUAAAGCGGCGCUGGCCGCCGUUGUGAUAUGUGCUGUGAUAUUUAUGAUAGAAUAUGAGGUAGUGAAACCAAUGUGGCGCUCCCGCCGCGCCGACCUCGUGCCGGCCUUCGCCACGUUCUGCGUGUGCCUCGUGGUGGGCGUAGAAAUCGGCAUCUUGGUGGGAGUUGUGUUAAACGUUCUACUGCUGCUGUACCCGAGUGCGAGGCCGCAGAUGGACGCUGAGAUCGUCACGAACGCAUCAGGCCUUGGUUACCUCCUAGUUACUGUUGGCAACAACUUGUACUUUCCCGGGGUGGAAUACAUAAGACAGUACGUCGAGCGAGCGGCCAAGAAGCAAGCAAACUGUAGAAUGCCGGUGGUCAUUGACUGCAGAUACGUACUCGGAGCCGAUUUUACGGCAGCAAAAGGCAUCUGCGCGUUAUCCAGCUCUCUAGUAUCACGAGGACAACCACUAGUACUACUAUCGCCGCGUAGCAACGUGUCCGCGGUUUUCAAAGGAGCGGGCUCUAGUGUAGUUGUCGUGCCUACUGCUAACGAGUUGGAACGGGCGUUGCAAGACCUCACCGGCCAAAUAGCAAUGCCUCUACUAAACGGUAAAAAAGAAACCAUCACGCCACCGCCGUCGUACAACUCCCUACAACUCGAAGACGUCACAGAAAUAGUCACCGAAGACAGAAGCCAGACUCCCUUACUGAAGAUAGACAACGCAAAAACGUCCAGUGACUCCAGUGAGGUUAAUGACACUUGACCAUAUUAAUUUUUAGUGUAGAUAUCUGACAAUUU